UUUUAACAAAAUUAGGUCACACAUACGCAUCCAGGACCAGUUGACUUGUGAUACCCGGUAAGUCCUCAAAAAUGCAAAUAUUCGAACUCUGAGGGACCAGAUGGCUAUAUCAAUAUGAUGGAUAGGAUGGAUACCCAAUGCCCCAACCCUUGGGUAAAGCUCUUUUAUUCCCCUUCACCUUAAUUCCUUUUCUUCACUCAAAUCAUGAAGCCCAACUCCAGCCUCACUAAUUUAUUUCAGCAGGCAGACACCGGUUCCGUUUGGAGGUGGAAGGAAAGCAAGGGCAGCCGCAAGAGGAAGAAACAAGAAAGGGAAUUCCCAGGAGCCAAAUUCCUCAGCCACAACCUGAAGAAAAUGGAGGAAGCAGCGUUGGGUCCCGGCGGUGGAAUUGGGAUCGGUUGCGGUGUUGGCUUGGGGUUUGGGGUAACCGGAGGAGUAGGAUACGGUGGGGGGAGUUGGAACCAUUUGAAGAUGGUUUUUGGAAUUGGAAUGGGGUGUGGGGUUGGGGUAGGGUUUGGGUAUGGGCAAGGAAUUGGAUUUGGUUUUAGUUUGGAGUCCUUACAGUCUCAUUUCUCCAACCAAAGGGAUUACAAAUCAGAUAUGACUCUCUGAUUAUGAUAACUUUCAUCGUCCAGGUUUUCCCAAAAUAAUACGUCAUCGCUAAGGUAGGAAGAUGCUUCUGGUAUAUCUACACUGAGCACGGUUAUAAAAUCUUGUUCUUCAUAAGUAAUAAAAGGUUUUGGAAUUAGAGUUUUGAAAAUUAAAUUUAAGAAUUGGAGUUUUGGAAAUUAAAUUUGAAAGAAAUUGGAGUUUUGAAAAUUAAAUUUGAAAGAAAUUGGAAUUUUGAAAAUUAAUAGAAAAUUAGAGUUUUAAAAAUUAAAUUUAAGAAUUGGAGUUUUGAAA